AGAGGUUAAUCUGGUCAUUUCAUGACCGAGGAAGGGGGAUUUUCAGGUGUUCUACUGUUCUGAGUUCACACACCAACACACACAAAUCUUUUCAAUUGAGGAGAUGUGGACUGCGAAAGACUAUCAUCACCUCCUCCGUUUCACAAUCAUCACUGCUGCUAUUUACAAUCUCAGAAGAGCAGAUUCUGUUGCGGUGCCCUCUACCGGUUGCUACGUUUUCGAUAAUUCCAGUCACAUUUUCGAUUUCAGUACCUGGAUUGGGCACCCUUUUGAGCACGAAGGCAAGGAUGCAGACACAGUGAUCCGGUUUUGUAAAGAUGUGGAGAGUAGAUCGCAAUCGGGAUAUGUUGAUUUUGGAAGAUUUGAUCAGUUCAACUAUUUUGCUGCUGGUUCAGGGCGCUAUAACUUCGUGCAAGAAUUUUAUGAUGGUGACCUGACAAAAUGUGAACAAAGUUUUGACAAAAGGGGGCGUACAGCUCAGGUGAAUAUUAUUUGUGGAGAUUGUCCAAAUGGACAAUGUAAAGGUGGACUUGGAUGUAUAUGUGAUGUUGUCUCUGCAUCAACAUGCAGUCUUGUCAUUGAACUUGCCAUUCCGUGCGAGAAACAGGGAUUGCGGGUGUUUGAAGGCUUCACAGUUGGUUUGCAUCCACGGUCUUCAGAAAUUGUUUACAAUGGACUUACCCAACUAGGAUUCGAAAAAGCGCAUAAGGAAUUCAGCUUCAAAACGGAACAGACUAAUGUAGCUCUGUACAUGACGGCGGUUUCUUCCCUUUCCAGUUUAGUGCAAGUACCUGUGACCAAGAUUUCCCCAGAGAAAGGCUUAGAGCUUAGGUUGUCAGGCUCAGCAAUGACCGGGAAUCUAGCAACAACUUUGUCACCCUCAGUGUUCCUUAUGGAUUGGAGAUGUGAGAAGGCGCGUGAUACUCCGUAUGAAGUUGAGAUUACUAUACCAAUAGAUAACUAUGAACCCAUACAAUUCACUCUUACAAAAAUGUGCGACUAUAAGCAGGGUCAAGGGGGAAAUGCUGCCAAGGGAUGGGCUGUAUUUGGAGUGCUAGCUUGCAUAUUUAUUGUCAUUUCCACACUGGUCUGUUGUGGAGGAUUUGUCUACAAGACUCGAGUGCAAAAUCAGCGAGGAAUUGAUGCAUUACCAGGCAUGACACUUUUAUCUGCGUGCUUGGAAACAGUAAGUGGAGCGCCUCAAGGUUACACAAUCCCAGAGGAACCAAAUAGUCCUUUUCCCAGUCAAGCCUCCUGGGAACGCCCCCCUGCCUCCACACAAGCAACAACACGUACAAGUGGAAAGUAUGGAUCAAUUUAAGUUUGUGGGCUUUCGUUGAAUAUACCAUUAAAUAUACUCUUGAAGAUUCGUGUGCUACUCUGAGAAACUUCAGUUUUUUUUGGGGGUGGGUUGGUGGAGGGGGGCUUUGAGACAUAAUUCUUGGAGCAUUAAUGCUUUAUCCUGCUUCCUGCACCCAGAAGACCUUUCAGUUUUGCCUUUUCUGAGACACCUUACAUUACACUGAUCAUUUUCAAGCUAUGCGAGCUAUACUGAGAUUACCUUUGUAUGUCACUCUAAUUAAGAAUUUGGAUUCAGAUGUAGUCAAGGAAUUGUAACAUAACUGUGCAAUUGAAAUGUUAUGACUUGCCAUAUGCUUGGCUGGCACCUGAGCGUUUUUUUUUUUUAUCUUAAAUGAUUUGUAAAACAAUAGAAACUAUUUAAUGUCAUCGCGGUGCUUUUUCUAUA